GUAGGUGAAAGUACCCAGUGAACAGAAGAGACUGUUCAUUAUAUAAAAUAAAUUGCGACGAGACAAAAUAAACCCAUAGCUCGAAAACUUUGAGCUUCAAACAACACUUUAACUCUGUAUUCAUCCGCCGCUACAUGCUGCCGAUAUUGUUGCCAACACCGCCUUUAUAGCAGACGACUAAAUAUUAACGUCUGUCUCCUUGAAUUUCAUUGAUUUUAUUCUAAUUUGUAUACAUAUAUUGUAUAUUAUAUACACCGUUACUUAUUUUUAAUAUUUAAGUCAAAAUAAAGAAGAAAAAAGUGUUCAUUUGUGAUACACGAGAGAGCGGAAGUUUAUCACCACCACCACCAUCAUCAACCUAACCACCUCCAUCACUACUACUAAUAAAUACGCGAACGCCAUCGCCGUCGUCAUAAUCAUAAUCAUCACAAUCAGCUGCAAUAAUCAAUUUAUCUGUAGUUCGAUCACUAAAGAAAUAAUCAUCCUCCGGUGCUAACUUUGACCAGUAAUUAACUACAUAUCCACCACCGCUGUCCGCAACCGCUAUAACUGCAGUCAUCACAUUCUACAUUGUCUGGACAAGUGACUUUCUCAUCCAUUCCGAUAUAAUUUCGACAACCACAUCAACAGAGAUGACACGACACAUUUUAAUACUUAGCAUUGUUGGCAUGGUGCUAGUUUCUCUUGUAAAUGCACGAUAUAUCCCAGAGGAAGAAUUGAGAUUUAAACGACAGCUAGCUGAUAUGCGAGCGGCUGAGUAUCGGGCACUGAUGGCAUUGUCCAGAAACAUUACCUGCACCCAGGUAGCGUGUGGGUUAGUUGAUAUUGAAAAGAGCGUUAAACGGACAUCCUCCGACCAGAGGAUAGCCGAAUUAAAAGCUCUUCUCGCCAUGAGCAGAGUGGUUGGCCAUGGCCAACUAGACGUAGAUGCAAUUGGCAAGAAAAAACGUAGUGACAUAUCAAGCGACGACAUCAAACGUUCAAUUCUGGCUCAAAGACUGAUCCGAUUUGCAGCAGAGAGACUUGCAAAGACUGAGUAAUCUAAAGAAAUGAUUCAGCAAGAUUCUUCAAUGAAAGUAAACACAUCCUUAAACCAGUCCUCAUCUGAUUGAUUGCCGGCCAGAACUUCUUUCCUAUUUUGACGAACAAACGAAAGAUUAAGAUAUAAAUGGAGAAACAAAAUUAAAUUAAAACAAUAUAUAUAUAUAUAUAUAUAUAUAUAUAUAUAUAUAUA